AAUCGAGUUCCGCCGCCGCCCCCCCUUCGUUGUCUUGUUGUGAGGAGGAAGAGUACCGCCGCCUGAGUCGUCGUGGACGGGAGAGACUUUUACGUGUAGGCGAGUCCAUGCUACGGGCCGUUUUUUUUUGUUUGUUCUGAAACCUCGUACGAAAACAAACCAACAACAACAAAUCCCCCCACUCGCUGGGGGAGACGGUCACCUCGGCGGGCGACAGCCAUGAGUUGGAACCCAUUUAAGGCCCAAGAACCCAAAAGGCCUGUCGUGUCAAAAACUGUGGAACGAGACUUUGAACGAGAAUAUGGAAAACUUCAACAGCUGGACGAGCAAAUUAAGAAGCUCUACAAAGACGUGAAAAAAUGCGCGGAGGCAGACGGAGCCGUGUCAAAGUCCGCGCUCAAGAUCACGGCCGACUUGCAGUCAAGCCAGUCGAGCCUCCAGGACGACGAGUUGGCGCGCGCCGUUGACGCUCUGGACCUGGCCUUCCACCGAGUCGACAACCACAACCAGGAGAAGGUAAAUCAACUACAGAAGACCGUAAUAGAGCCUAUGAAAAAGUUCAGCAGCGUGUUCCCGAGCCUGAACGUGGCAGUCAAGCGCCGGGAGCAGGCCCUGCAGGAAUGCAAGAAGCUCCAGGCCAAGUUGGAGAAGUAUGAGGAACGUGAAAAGACGGGACCAAACAUUGCCAAGACACAUCAGUCGCGUGAGGAGAUGAAGCCUGUACGGGAGGAGUUUGAACAGAGGAACAAGGCCCUGCUGGAGGAGAUGCCGCAGCUCUACACGAGCCGAGCCGACUACUUUCAGCCCAGCUUUGAGGCGCUCGUGCGCUCACAGGUGAACUACUACGCGGAGGUUUCCAAGAUCUUCCGCGACCUGUCGGAGAAGAUUGACGUCGCGGAACGCACGGACGAGCAGCGUGAGCAGGAGAAUGAGGCGCGGCUCGCCGAGCUGCGCUCCCUCUCCAUCGUCGCCAACGACUGAGAGCUCGCCACCGCCGUCCCUCGGUCCCCACUCACACCCUUGCCUCACCGACUACCCCCCUCCCCUUGUCACUAACCCCCACCCCCACCCCAUGUAUGUAUGUUGAACUUCUUUCGCACCAUAAUUGAGGUUUUUUGGGUCUGAUCGCGUAAAUGAAAAUGUGAUUAACCUGCUUUGGCACUGUACGUAGCCAGUCGUGCUAAUUGGAGGUGUGGGGGAAGGACAAAACAAAAUAAAAACAAAAAGCAGUUCUAAAGAAAUGAAUUUUCAGUUUACAUGAUUUAGAAGUGCAUGGCUCCAGUGGCUUCCAAAUAUCGGAAGGAAGAGUAUUCCAGACGGCCGCAGAAGCGCAUAUGAAAGCGUUGAUGCGGGUGAAGGAGUAUAUUCGCUUACAUAGGCCCUUACAUAUGAGAAGUGGGUGCUAUCUUUCCGCUUUCCCUGGUCCUUGCAGAGGUUCACGGUUCGCAUCCAGCAGCCACCCUGGUUAUCACUGCGGUGGUGUAUUAACCAUGACAAUACUAUGCGCCGUCUGCUGCACAGUGGACGUUAAAGAUCCCGUGAUGUCAUUCACAAGAGGAGGUUAUUGUGUGCUGGUAUCAUGCUUCAGAUUUGACAAUAAAAAAACUCAAAUAGGGUGAAACGUAACGAUCAUUACUCCCUACUGCAAAACACUUUGCAGCGCCCUCCUGAGACUCGGUGAGACUCUCCCGAGAUAAAUAAAAACACGAGUGAAAUCUAUUUCAGGGGAUGCUGCAAUAGUGAAAUGGUCGGCACGCUGGACUUGCAAUCCAGAGGUUGGCAGUUCUAUAAAGCAAUGAGGCAAAUGUCUUAAAUCGCCCCCCCCCCACGCAUCUGUCCACCCUGCAGUAUAAAUAUGACAGUGCAAAAUAUUGGGAUUUGACGAUAGGUUGUACAGGGGACAUGACGAAGAAGACGAGUUAGUCGAUCGACAGGCCACGUUUGGUGGGGUCAAGUGUGAUUACUCCAUCUUCAAAGACAUCUGGCCAGUACUCUCCAGAGGGGCUCUCUAGAGCCCUUUCGCCAGCAGUGCUGUGCCUUUACCUUUCGCGUGCACCUUUUCAUAUUUUCUGAAAUCCAAAUUUCAUCGCGAGAGGGUAACUCGGUGAUCACUACUGGUGAAUUAAUCCGUGUGUUUGUGCCUUAAGCGAAAAAUCUUAAAUGACCAGAGAGACCUCGAGAAAAGCCACGCCCACCAAACCUAGGUCCAUAGUGACUUCCACGUGUUUCCACAGUGAAAGAUUUUGCUCGUGGAAAGAAGCAUUUCUCUUCCGACAUCUGGAGUGGUUGGUCCUGUGCAACAGUAAGUGGCUUGAGAAAGCAGACAAAUAACACAGUACCACCGAGGUUAGUCGAUGCAUCUGUGCCAAGCCACAGAUUGUUCAAUCGCUGCUAAUAUUUCAGAACUAUCUCGGCAGCCCCCUCUCACUUGUUCUUUCAACAUUCACCAGGUCAACUCUGCACCGACUUUUCUCAUGAAAGUAUAAAGAGUGAUACUGCGUACGGGAGAUUGGGCCUGCUUACAUAAUAUAACCAACCCCCUUCAGGAUGUGAAUCUGCCAUAUACGUCUGUUUUCCACCAUACAACCGAGUUGUGCUAGGGCCAUGCUGAGCCAGCCGGGUGGUUUUGGCCACAGCAGAAGCUGAGCCGAGCUCCUGUGGACGAGUUAAAACGCACGUAGCUGCGACGCGGUGACACUCCGUUUGAAUUGUGUGUGUAUGUAUGUGCCCACUGAUGCCACGCGCAAUGAACACACGUUCUUAGCCCCGUCGCUGCUUGGCCCCGAGCCAUAUUCAGAUGUCUUUUGUAAGGCCAGCUUAUCUAGAUUUGGUUUCAGGCUCGGCACAGCAAAAUAGCCAGUGGGGAAACCACCCUACUGUUAGUGUUCCACGCUGGCUCAGCUCAGAUGUGCCAGUGGAAAAGAGGUAGUAGUUGGUGACUGUAGCUUAUCGGUUAGAGUGCUAGCUUGUGAUGCCAUUGAAUGUGGGUAGUGUUGGACAUCUAAUGCCAUUGAGUGAGUGGUAAUGGUGGAGCAAGGAUACGGUGGAACGGCAGCCACCGAGAGUUUUUAGGACAAGUUCUGGGUAUUUUUGUGCACGUGCACUUUGUGUGUUUUUGCUUGUGUUUUUUUGUUAUUUCUGUGUGUAUGUUUUGUGUGUGGAGAAUGACGACACUGGUAUUUAAAGCAUUGCACUACAAUAGUGGAAACGUGGGUUUGACUCCCUAGCCGUGCACAUCGUUCAGUUGCAAAAACGUGACCUCUAGUUCAGCUCGGCCAUUGGUACCUGGUGGGGCAAUCGGGAGUGCCGUUGGCUACAACGCCUCAUGUGCUUUGCUGCGUGUGUGAGUGCUCACGAACAUCACUCACCCCUACGGUUUACAAGACUCAACAGAUUAACUUUACAUUUGAAUGUUGGGUGCCCGUGCGUGUGUUAUAUGUUCCGUGAUCAUGAGCUGUGUGCGUGUCCUGCAUCGCGUCUUGUGUUUUUCCGCUGUUCGUUACCCCGAAUUAGAUGGCCUCUCGCUGUGGGUUCUCAUCUGGUUGAAUGGAGGAUUGGUUUCUGGGAAGCAGUGUGCAAGUCCGAUGGUGCUGUGGUGAAAACUCUUUACGCCUGGUCAGAAAGUUACAGGUUUGAAGCUAAGUCAUAAUAAACUCGGCUUAUCCUUCCAGGGCCGGUACAAUUGGUACCGCUUUAUGGGAAGUCAACAGUGCCUGACGGUCUGGUCCCCAACCACAAGAAUAUGGAAUGUCCACCACUCGCCCAGUUAUGGAGAUGAGUGCCCACUAGAUAGCUUCACUUUUAAUUCCUAAAAAACGACACGCGCUCUCUCCAUGGCUCACAUAAUGGCUAGCAUGUCGUGAUUCCAAGAAAGGUGCAUUUUUAAUCACAGCCCCUGGAUUAUCAACUUCUGAGCUGAGCUUGAUGGCUACAGAAAGUGGCGCACUUCACGGCAAAUAACGCACACUUGAAUCAUGAUGAAUGGUCGUGUCCGCAGAGCUGUGUGGGUUGGUUAUUAUUUCGAGCACUAUGCUAAAUACCUACAGCGUUUAAAUCUCCUUGUUGGUAGUGAUGGAUCAGUACUUGGAUUCACAUUUAUUUUUUGUAAUCGCUUUGUGCCAGUAAUGUCUACCGCUCAGUACAAAUCACUGAAAUAAUACUUUUGUUAUUUAGCUUACGUUGUUGGGUUGGUUAUGUUAAACUAUAUUUUAGCAAAUAAGUAAAACAAAAACUGUGAGUUAACGUAUGCUGCCUUGUGCCUUCUGAUGAUUAUUUCAUGUGUAUGUGUGUGAAAUGCAUAUGUAUCGUUGGUAAGCCUUGGCUGAAAUGGGCCGUUAAUAAAAUAUAUAUAUAGACACGCA